AUGAAGAUCCUCACAUCCAUCUUUUUCGCAAUCGUCGCCAUCACACUUGCUAUCUACAACAACGAGUACAUGCUCUCACGAGUAACGAGCUCUCUUAGACACGUUACGACCUUCACAAACAUCACGAAUCCAUUUCGCAUCCCUACCCAAAAUAUGUCGUCUACCAUGUUCCGCGGUCUCCCCGUCAUACCUGACGAGGUCUAUACGACCAAUGCGCCUCGCAAGAUUGCUAAAUCGUUCCUCGCAAUCGAGCAGUCCGAGGGUGCUGGCGCCAAAGUGAGGAGGAGUGUCGGCACGCCCAAACUUCGAAAUUUUUCCCCUUUUUUGAUGCUUGAUCAUUUUGCCAUUCCCCCAGGCGCAGGCUUCCCUGAUCACCCGCAUCGUGGCCAGGAGACGGUUACGUAUUUGCUGUCUGGAGCAGUGGAUCAUGAAGAUUUUGCAGGAAAUAAGGGUACCAUCGAAGAAGGGGAUUUGCAGUUUAUGACCGCAGGACGCGGUAUUGUACACGCCGAGAUGCCCCGCCAGAACAAAGACGGUGCUCCGAAUGUUGGCAUGCAGCUAUGGGUUGAUCUUCCUAAAGAGUUGAAGUCAUGCGAGCCGAGAUAUCGAGAUCUCCGUGCCAAGGAAAUACCUCAGGCGACGGCAGACGACGGCAGGGUGAAAGUCAGGGUCAUUAGUGGCCAGGCUUAUGGCGUAGAGAGCCUCAAGGAGCUGGCCUACACACCCGUCUGGUUGCUGGACUUUACUGUACAACCUGGUGGCAAAGUUAAGCAACCGCUACCCAAAGGCUGGAACGCGUUUGCCUACGUACUCAACGGCACAAUCAUAGUCUCAUCCGACGGCGUUUCCCGACCCAUCGAACAGUACAACAAUGUCGUCUUUGAGAGUAACGGCGACAGUGUCGAAAUAUCAGUCGAGGAGGGCGCCGAGAAAGAAUCAAGAUUUGUGCUGGUUGCUGGGUUGCCAUUGGAUCAACCCAUUGUGCAAUACGGCCCAUUCGUUGUUACCUCGAGAGACGAGGUAGUGCAGGCUAUGAUGGACUAUCAGACUCACUCCAAUGGGUUUGAGAGAGCAGAGAAUUGGGAAAGCGAAAUUGGAAAAACUAUGGUACAUUGA